CACGGCCAGUCAACGAGGAAGCGCAAUUUCGGACCAAAGGUUGUGGCUGCUACUGCUGCUCACUUGUCUGGACUCCAGCUUUACGAUGGCGUUGGACUGGAUUGGCUUCGGCUAUGCUGCAGCCAUUGCUUUCGGAGGAUUUAUGGGAUACAAGAGAAAAGGCAGCGUGAUGUCCCUGAUGGCCGGUCUAGUUUUUGGCGGAUUAUCCGCUUUCGGUGCCUACAACAUAACGAAUGAUCCAAAGGACAUCAAGGUGUCACUGCUGUCCUCGGGAGUUCUCGCAGUCAUCAUGGGAAUGAGAUACAAGAACUCUGGGAAAUUAAUGCCAGCUGGAAUAAUGACAGGGCUAAGCUUGUUGAUGGUGUUUCGCCUCUUACUUCUGCUCGUCUGACCGGGAGAACAUCAACCUUUACCCUGGAAACAGGAAACAUUCCCACUAAGCCGACUAAAUCAAAUUUUACUGCAGUAUUUUUUUUUUUAAAUACAUGCAUAUGAGCAAGUGUAUGAAUGGGAACUUCCAUGAUUUCUUAACCCACACUACAGGAGACGGCUGUGAGCUCCGGGUGCUGUUAGGGUGCGGAUUUAUUUCUAUAACUUGAGAAAAGAACAAGUUGAAGCAUUUUCAUUGGUAUUCUUGUCUGUCUAUGAUGAGGAAAGAGUUUUUGUGAUUUUUCUAAUAACAGCAAAUUAAAACAAGUUUAAUUCAUUAAAAA